ACGCUUCCUUUGAUGGUACAUUCCAGUCACUGAGUUCCAGUCGACAUGUCCAAGACAAAAGACUCGGCGCCAUCUCACUGGCCUCAAGGACUACGACACUUAACUGAACAAUCCUAUCAUCACUCAGUUCCCACCGAGCUGCAGUCAUUUUUGCGCCCCAAAUCCUCUGCCUCUGUUAUCAGUGUCGACGAUUCGCGUUCAUUGGUGCUGAUUCGUCCCAUCAAGGACGCUGUCCACCCAGCCUAUGGGCAGUAUGGGCUAUUUGCCGCAAGGAAGAUACCCCCAAAAUCUCACAUUCUAGACUAUCUUGGAGAGAUCCAUUGUGAUGACAGACCCGACUCUGAUUAUGAUUUAUCGCUCUACCGAAGUCAGGAUGGUAUUAGCGUUGGUGUAGAUGCAAGCCAGAUGGGGAACGAGGGAAGAUUCAUUAAUGACUUCCGGGGUGUGAGACCCAGACCGAACGCUAUGUUUGAGGAACGAAGAACCUCCGUCGGAGAACUCUGCAUGAGUGUCUGGUGUGGGACCAAACCCAUCAACAAGGGUGAUGAAAUUUUGGUGUCAUACGGUAAAUCCUGGUGGAAGGAGCGUACAUCCAACGGUGGACUCGAAACCUAGUUGACGGGAGGUCGCCGACGGGUGUUGCUCCAUACUCUAUCCAACAUCAGGCAGAGCGGAGCUAAUAUUUUCGUCGACGUCGCAAGAACUCAAUAUUACGCGACCAUAUCAUG